AUGAAAGGGAGGAGAGAGAGAGAGAAAAUCGAGUGAAAAAUCUCGAGGUGGUGAUUCGCGAUUCGCUUGAACGACACUUGUUCGAUUUUCCCCUGUCUCCCCUCUGGUCGAUCGAGAAUUUCACGAAAUUAGGGUUUCAGAUUUGUCGUCCCCAAUUGUUCGUUCCUAUCUUCCCAGCUCUCGCGUAGGCGGAGAAACCAGAACAAGGCCCAGUUGUUUUUGGUGUAAGCUUGAAGGUGAAGGUAGUAAAACAUGGAUGGCUCAGAGGAUUCUUCUGCACUGCAAGAGCCUCCUGACCCCGAGAUUCUCGAAGUCGAUCCGACUUGUCGGUACAUACGGUACAAAGAGGUGAUCGGAAAAGGCGCAUUCAAGACAGUGUAUAAGGCAUUCGAUGAAGUGGAUGGCAUCGAAGUCGCGUGGAAUCAAGUACGGAUUGACGAUGUUCUGCAGUCACCAGAUGACCUAGAGAGGCUAUAUUCCGAAGUUCGUCUUUUGAAAUCGUUGAAGCACAAUAACAUUAUAAGGUUCUAUAACUCGUGGAUCGAUGAUAAGAACAAGACAGUUAACAUAAUUACCGAGUUAUUCACUUCGGGAAGCCUCCGACAGUACCGUAAGAAACACAAAAAGGUGAAUAUGAAGGCGGUGAAGUGUUGGGCGAGACAGAUUUUAACAGGUUUGAAAUAUCUUCACAGUCAAGAGCCACCAAUUAUACAUCGGGAUCUCAAAUGUGAUAACAUUUUCAUCAACGGUAACCACGGAGAAGUAAAAAUCGGGGAUCUUGGUUUAGCCACUGUCAUGGAGCAACCUAACGCCAAAAGCGUUAUCGGAACCCCGGAGUUUAUGGCGCCAGAGCUUUACGAUGAGAAUUACAACGAGCUCGCUGAUAUUUAUUCGUUCGGGAUGUGCAUGUUGGAGAUGGUUACCUUCGAGUACCCUUAUAGUGAAUGCCGAAACUCUGCUCAGAUAUACAAGAAAGUUUCAUCGGGGAUAAAACCGGCUUCGCUCUCUAGGAUCAAAGAUGUGAUAGUGAAACAGUUUAUCGAGAAGUGCUUGUUGCCCGCAUCCGAAAGAUUAUCGGCGAAGGAGCUUCUGAUGGAUCCCUUUCUUCAUGUGAGCGGUUUAACGAUGAAUAACCCACUGCUACUUCCCGACAUCGUGAUGCCAAAGGAAGGAGCGUUCGGAGAUCGUUGUCUAAUGUCCGAAGGACCUCCUUCAGCGCGAAAUCGACCUUCUUCUAUGGAUCUUGACGAUGAUAGUAACCUUCCCAUUGUUAAUUCAAGCGACAAUUCGGGAUCGAGGUGCGUCGAAGUUAGACGGGCAAAGCGUGGAAACUUCUUCGUCCUUAAAGGCGAAGAAAAUGACGAGCAUUCGGUUUCACUAAUUCUUCGUAUAGUCGACGAGAACGGACGAGUGAGGAACAUCCAUUUCCUGUUCUAUCAGGACGGCGACACAGCGUCAAAAGUAUCGAGCGAGAUGGUCGAGCAGCUCGAACUCACUGACCAGAACGUAACGUUCAUAGCCGAACUCAUCGACAUACUCCUCGUUAACCUAAUCCCGAGUUGGAAAACCGAUGUCCCGAUCGAUCAUCUCGUUCCGUUGCACCGGAGCCAGAACUUGAGAGCUAAUCAGAACGGUACCCAGCCGCCGCCGACCCAGAAACCCGACGAGACCACGUUCCACAACGCUUGCGACUCGAUCAGUCACUCAUGGUCCUCGGGUUGCCCGCAUUUCGGGGACCCGAACAACUCGAGCACGGCGGCGGCGGGUGAAGACCACGAACUGGAGUCGGUUUAUGCUUCCGCGUCAUCGAACGAGGGAGGGAGCGGAUGGAAGAGGAUGUCGUCUCGGGGGUCCCGAGCAUCGCAAACGGAGUCGAUAAUCUUCGAGGAAGACGGGGAAUUCAGGCAAGAAAUCGAGAAGAUCGAGGCGAGGUACCGGGAAGAGAUGAAGGAGAUAGCGAGGAGAAGAGAGGAAGCGAUAAAGGAGACGAAGAAGAAAUUGAUUCAUAAGAAGAUGCAGCAAACAGGUUGUUGUUGAGUGUUAGCCAAAAAAAAAUCUCGAAAGAGUUCGAUUCUUUUUUUUUUCUUCAAGAAAAAGGCUCUUUGUUCCUUUCAAAAGUGUAGAAAGUUUUCUUUUUGGGAUGAAGGGCUUUUCUGCGUUGUGUGUU